UUUCACCCCCUUCGUUAAUAUUCUGUUUAAGUGGGGUGAGUCCGCGUAGGAAAGCAUUCUCCAAAGCCCUGUUCAUACAACAAUCCUCUUUACACGGUAUUCUUAUCACAAUCUCAUCUGAUCGUCAUCACAAUCAUUCGUUGUUCUUCGUUCAAUCGCAAUAGUUUCAGAGUGAAUAUUAAUUGCUGAUAAAAUAGAGAGAUAAAGAUGUGGGCAGCUGGUUGCCUGGCUUCUUGUUGUGCAUCAUGUGCAUGUGGUGCAUGCCAAUCGGUGGUUUCUGGGAUCAGUCGUCGAUCAGCUCGUAUUGCGUAUUGUGGUCUCUUUGCUCUUUCGCUGAUCGUGGCUUGGAUUCUAAGGGAAGUUGCUGCUCCACUCAUGGAGAAGAUCCCAUGGAUUAAUCAUUUUUAUGAAACACCUGAUAGGGAAUGGUUUGAGACUGAUGCUGUUUUGCGAGUUAGUUUGGGGAAUUUCUUGUUCUUCUCAAUUUUAUCCCUAUUAAUGGUUGGGGUGAAAAACCAGAAAGACCCACGUGAUAGUUUGCAUCAUGGUGGAUGGAUGAUGAAAAUCAUUUGUUGGUGCCUUAUGGUAAUUUUUAUGUUUUUCCUUCCAAACGAGAUCAUCAGCUUUUACGAGUCGACAUCAAAAAUUGGGUCUGGAUUAUUCCUACUUGUUCAAGUUGUACUGUUGUUGGAUUUUGUGCAUAGCUGGAAUGACAAAUGGGUUGGAUACGAUGAACAGUUCUGGUAUGCAGCCUUGCUUAUUGUUUCCCUCGUGUGUUAUGUGGCAACAUUCUCGUUCUCUGGACUUUUGUUCUAUUUGUUCACGCCAUCUGGUCAAGACUGUGGGCUCAAUACAUUCUUUAUUGUGAUGACUCUGAUUCUCGUGUUCGUGUUUGCCGUUAUCACGUUGCAUCCUACAGUAAGUGGAAGCAUAUUGCCAGCAUCUGUUAUUUCUUUAUACUGCAUGUAUCUUUGCUAUAGCGGGCUUGCAAGUGAACCAAGAGAUUAUGCUUGCAAUGGGCUCCACAAGCAUUCUAAGGCUGUUAGCACCGGUACACUUACUGUCGGGUUGCUUACUACUGUGCUCUCUGUAGUAUACUCCGCCGUCCGGGCUGGAUCGUCUACAACUUUGCUUUCCCCUCCAAGCUCACCCCGAGCAGGUGAUGAGAAACCAUUGCUCCCAUUGGACAAAAGAGACGAGCAUGAAGAAAAAGAGAACAAUAAACCCGUAACAUAUUCGUAUUCAUUUUUCCACAUCAUCUUCUCACUUGCUAGCAUGUACUCCGCAAUGCUUUUGACAGGAUGGUCAACCUCAGUUGGAGAGAGUGGCAGGUUGGUGGAUGUUGGGUGGCCCUCAGUGUGGGUCCGCAUAAUAACCUCGUGGGCCACCGCAGGUUUGUUCAUCUGGUCGAUGGUUGCCCCACACCUCUUUCCGGAUCGUGAAUUCUGAGCUGAAGUGAGUAGAUCUUUAAGAUGUGUAGUUAUUGGUAAUAUGAUUGUAUGUGAUUGAUAUAUUGUGUAUGACUGAAUCAGUGUGUGGAUCAUGCUUGAAGUUUAUGCUUGUUUUCAUUUUCUUUGAUUGUGUGAAUAAAUCUUUAUAAUGCUAUAAAGCUGUCAAUUAUGUUGUCUCAA